AUGGAUGCAAGAAAGCUUAAGGGUGGCGGUUACAUUAGUGUACCAACAUCUCCACAAUCAGAUUCACCUAAUUCAAAAGAAAGUAAUAAUCACCAUCAUUAUUAUUAUGGUAAUAAUAUGGAUUCUAAAAAUAAUAUUAAUAUUAAUAAUUAUCAACAAGAUCAUAAUAAAUCAUCUCGUAGAAAUCUGCGCCAUUUCUCAGAUAUUACUAUACUUCAACGUCGUCAUUCUACUGAUAGUACUAUAAACAAUAAUUUAAAUCUUAGUAAGAAGAAAUCAAAUAGUUAUAAUGGUAGUGUAUAUUCAAGAGUUUCAAGAAUUUCAAGUGAUCCUUAUGAUGAUUUAGAUGAAUUAAAUUUUGAUGUAGAUUCAGCUAUUCAUCCAAUAGGUUCUAAAUCUUAUAAAUCAGAAUCUAAGGUUAAACAAUUCAUAAUUAAAUAUUUCACUUUAGCUAUAAUUUUAUUACCUUCAAUUAUAGCCAUAACUAUUCCUUCAAAUAAUUCAACUACAAAUACAUCUGAAGAUUUAGCAAAUCUUAUUACUGAUUGUUUUAUGAUUAUAUUAGUUAGUUGUGCAAUAAAAUUUACUAUUGAAUGGCCUUGGAAUUGGUCUAAACAAUUAAGAGAAACAAAAUUAAAAUUAAUUAAUCAUAUUAAUUCUAAACUUAUUAAUCAAAAGCUGUUGAAUGAACAACAACUUUUAACUUCAGAGAAUAAAUUAUUAAAUGAUGAAAUCUUAUGUAAUAGAAUUGGAUUAGUUAAAAAGAUUCUUUAUUAUGAAAAAUUAUCUAUAUUAUUGGCUGUAUUAUUAUCUGUGUUUGGUUCAGUAUUAAUGGUAUGGUCUAGAAAUAAUAUUAUAAUUGAAGAAUCAAGAAAGAAGAUUGUUUUUAAUAAUUUUAAUAUUGGUUUAUUCCAGUUCUGGCAAUUGUUCAGAGUUAUAGUUGCGUUUGCUGAGAAAUUACAAAGAGAUUCAACUGAACAUAUGGAUGAAUUUGAAAGUGAAAAUAAUGAGUAUGGGUUAUUGACUGAACAUAAUUUGAAUUUGUUCUUACCUCAUCAAUCUGUUGUUCAAAAUGAAUUAUCAUUAAUUCAAUUCCUUAAGGUUGGCUUUGAGCAAUUAUUUCAAUUAAUACAUAUUAGUAUGGAUACUUCAAAGCAAGAACAAAAGAUCUUACAUCAGGAAUUGGUUGAUACUAUAUUACAAAAGGAAAGACAACAGAAUGAUUCUAAGUUUGAUAAUUUACAAGAGCAUUCACAAUUGCAAAUGGAAUUAAUUGAAAAAUUAUUGAAUACUCAGAGUAAUGAAUUUUCCAAUAUAAAUUCAAAUAUUACAAAGUUAGAAUCUGCGGUUAGUGAAAUCAAGAAGACUAAAAAGUCUCGUUCUUCCCUCGCUUCAUCAUCCCAAACACUUAAGAAUGCAUCCAACAUGUAUGUCAAGCCAUUCCCUUUAAAUUUGAAUCUAGAAGAAGGGGAACCUAUUAGUUCAACUUUGAAGGCCAACAAGAUGAAAACUAUAUUUGAAGAAGACAUGAGUAGAACAUCUAGUUACCAAAAUGAAAAUGUCAAUGAAAUAGACAAACCUCAAUCACCCUUACUGAAAAGUCAUUCAUUUGAGAUAGACUGUUGUUCAUUGCAUGGAGUACCUUUAGCAUCUAAUGUUGAAAUAUUACGAGGGAAAAAUAGUAAUCAGAUUAUUGAAGAUAUUGGCUAUGGGGCUGCCAAUCAACCAAUUUCAGUUGGUUCCCCUUUAUUUGGACCACUUCCGGUUGAGAUUGAUGAAGCAAAUAAUGAAGAAAAUGAAAUACUUAAUAAAAAAAGGAAAAGAGGUUCUUUUUCAACAUUAAGAAGAACUAUAACUUACAUUCAUGAUAUUCGAAAUGAAAUCUCCUUGAUUGAUAUAAUUAAGGAUCCAUUUGUUAUAAGAAAAAUGGUUCAAAAUAAGAUUUUGCCAAAAUUACUCCAAAGUAUCCAAAGUGAAAUUCACCAUCACUAUGAAAAGCUUUGCCUCAUCAAGGUUAAAAGUUGGGAAUUAUGUAAUACUUAUAUAUUUCUGAAUUUUGAUUUUAUCCUUAGUUCGUUACAAAAAUUUGAUGAAGGUUUGCAGCCAGUGAGGCAAUUGAAAAAUUUCUUAAUUCUUAUUUUUACAAAGAUUCCAUUGAAUUUAUUAGAGAUAUAUUUCGAGAUUAUGAUCUUUUUACCUAAAAUCUGGCUCAAGUUUCUUGUUAUUAAUCCUAUCCAUAUUGCUCAGAACUACUUUUCAGGAAAUGAAGAUUAUAGUGAUGUAUCGUCUCUGGAACAAAUUCCUUUAAGGAGAUCUACUAGUAAUAAAAAACAUAGUAAGAGUAAUAAUGAUAAUAAUAAUAAUAAUAAUAAUAAUAAUUUCAAAGGUAUGAAACAAUUACACUUACUGAGAAGUGAUAAUGGACGAACUCAAAUGGAUGAAGAUAAUAUUAUUUAUGAAAAACGUCAAAUGAGAAUGAGAGAUAUCUUAUUACAAAAGAUAUUGGAUAACUCUAAUUUAGAAUCCAAUACUAAAUUCGAUGCUUAUGGGUUUCCCAAAAAUACUCCAGUAAAUCUUUAUGCUGAAUGA